UCUUUCUCCAAGUCUCUACAUUCUACUUCACACUCCACACCCAAAUUAUCAACAACUUCUACUGAUAGUUUCUCACAUUCUCAACUGCGGAUAUGGGGAAGAAACUCAUGCAUGCGGUUCAGUAUGAUAGCUACGGUGGAGGACCUGCUGGCUUAAAGCAUGUUGAAGUUCCCAUACCUACUCCCAGCAAAGAUGAGGUUUUGAUUAAGGUUGAAACAGCUAGUAUAAAUCCAUUUGAUUGGAAAGUACAGAAACGCAUGUUGUGGCCACUUUUGCCUCGCAAGUUCCCACAUAUACCUGGCACUGAUAUAACUGGAGAGGUCACAGAGGUUGGUCAAGGUGUCCAAAAGUUCAAACCUGGUGACAAAGUGGUAGCCAUUGUUAACCCAUUUAAUGGCGGAGGACUGGCUGAGUUUGCGGUUGCUAAGGAGAGUGUCACUGCAUCAAGACCAUCAGAAACCUCAGCAUCUGAAUGUGCUGCCCUACCUGUAGCAGGUCUGACAGCUCUUCAAGCUCUCACCAAAUCCAUAGGGAUAAAACUUGAUGGGAGUGGUGAAAGGAAAAGCAUUUUGGUCACUGCCGCAUCAGGUGGUGUUGGUCACUAUGCUGUCCAACUGGCAAAGCUAGGAAACACUCAUGUGACAGCAACAUGUGGAGCUCGCAAUAUUGAAUUGGUGAAAAGUUUAGGGGCUGAUGAGGUAAUUGACUAUAAGACCCCAGAUGGCGCUGCUUUGAAGAGUCCAUCUGGUAAGAAAUAUGAUGCUGUGAUUCACUGUGCAAUGGGCUUUCCAUGGUCCACCUUUGAGCCUAACUUGACCGUGACUGGAAAGGUUGUAGACAUAACUCCAAGCUCUGCUUCAAUGCUGACAUUUGCUCUGAAAAAACUUACCUUCUCCAAAAAGCAACUUGUGCCUUUGCUUUUAUUUCCUAAAGGUGAGGACCUUCAACAUCUUAUUCAUUUAGUCAAGGAAGGAAAGCUUAAAACAGUUGUGGACUCCAAAUAUCCUCUAACCAAGGCUGAAGAUGCCUGGGCUAAGAGUAUUAAUGGCCAUGCAACUGGGAAGAUAAUUAUUGAGUUCUAGAUAUGCAUAGUAUGUGAAUUGAUUCAGGAAUACCUUGCAGUUUUACUUUGGUAUGACAUGAGACGAAUAUCAUUUGUUGUGUCCCUACAUACUGUAACAAUUGAAUUGGUCUGAAUCCAUUUGGAAAGAAUCAUGUUAUGUACUGAUUAGUGAUGGUGAAGAAAUAUUCCGGAAAGGAUGAACUACUUUGAUUUUGGUUAGGCUUUGUUUGAGUGUUUAUAUAAAUUAAUCUAAAUAAAUCAGGUGAUGUGCGAUA